AUGCAACUCACCGCUCAGUCAGAAUGGAUGCAAGACCAGAAACAUGCCCAGGUGAUGGGCCCUGGCAAGAACUUUGAGGUCAUUCAAACAACCACGGGCACCUCUGUGUUCUUUUCUGUUGGCUCUGACAACCAUUUCUAUGCUUGUCGUGAAGUCCUAGCCGGGUCUACUGGUUGGACCCGGAUCGACCUGGACAAUAAUCUGCUUGAACCACAAGAUGGUAGAAAAGUCGCAGUCAAGUCAUUUGCUGUGGCUCAGAACCCUGACUCCCUAUACUUCGAUCUUGCUGUGGUUGCCACCAUCGCAGGGUUUGACCACAUCUUCGUGUCCACCGGCAAUGCCAACACAGACGAAGCUUGGUCUCGCAGUGACGGACGACUGGGCGUGCAAUGGAAAGAGGUCCCAUUUGAUGCCCAGGGAUCCUCACUCAAUCGAGAUGCCCUGGAGAUCGACUCCGUGCACCUCAUGACUCUUCCAGCUGCCGGAGCACCUGCUGGCUCCCUCACAUGCUUUGUUGAUGUCCUUCGACCAGCCCCCAACUCGUUGCGGCUACUUGAUCGCUACUACAUCACGCCUCGGUCUAGGCCAGCCUGGAACAAGCACACACUGCCUAUUGACCUGGCCUCUGGGAGUAUCGUGAGCAGUCUUGGUCGCCGUUACAAGGAUAGGGUCGGAGGUAUCUACACCUUCGGUCAGAUCAAUGGUCGCCAGGAGCUCAUCUACGCACCUGCCUUUGACUUCUGGGACCCAAAGAACCCCCCCGCUCCUGCCAGACUAGUGCUUCCAGACAACGCAACCUCCAUCGCAACUGCUAUAAACGGAGCUGGAAAUAGUCAUCUCUUUGUAUCAGGUAAGCAAGGGGUCUUCUAUUUCCCGCCAGAUAAGCAGAAGGAUGGCUCUCAGGGAACACGAAUCAUCACCACCACCCUCGUUGUUCAAGCCACCCAGUUGACUGCCGAGUCGACCAACGGAACAACAGCCAUAUAUGGAAAGAAUGCUCAAGGUGAUGUCUUCUAUACUACUUGCAAAGCGGGCUCGGAAGCCUCUCCUGAAGCGUGGUCACUCCCAGUCCCUCUUGUGUCUCAGGCAGAGAACUAUGCCUUCUUCUUGAAUAAGAAAGCUAGUAACAACACUCUCUUUGCGCAUGUCACUGGUCAGCAGAUCUCGCAGAUCACCCAAGACCCUGUCACCCGUGACUGGGCGUCGAGAUCAAUUCUGCUUCCGGCCACUGACGUGAACGAUAUUAUCGAGAUCAGUUCAUUCACAACGAGACUCUCUGUUCGAGACGACUCUGGCGCUGGUGUAGCAAAAGCAGAGGUUCUAGUAACAGCUACUAGCCCUGUGGGUGUGUAUAUCAACGACGCAUACCGCAUCUUGAGCCCCAACACCCCGAUUCGGAGCACUACUGGUGCAGAUGGUAUCAUCACCAUUGUUCAGCCCACCCAAGACAUGUCAGCAAUCUCGUACAAAGUGUCAAUCGCAAAUCAGACCUCCACAUCACUCAAUAUCGACCCAGCAGACAAGGUCAAGGCCCGUAUAGCGGCUGUCCAGUCUGGCAAUGAUCUGAAGAACGCCAAAAUCAUGCAAACGAAUGGAACGACUUCGUCGCUUAUUCCUAGUGAUGUUUCUCAAGCUGAUUGUGACGCUGCCGCUACCGCUAUUCAGCAGCUGGUCAAGGUUGCCGGUACUCUGCCUGCGGACGGGAGCCGUCAAACAUCCUCUACGAACGGGGCAAGUGCCCAACUAGCAGCGCCAUCAGUAACCCAGCUCUUGAGCUUGGAAACAACCCCGCACCGACCCGAUGCUCAAAUCAAAAUCACUGAUGUUGUGCUCGGCUCUGCUAAGGACUUCUUUGUCCAAGCGGGUGAUUUGUUCAGAUCCAUUCUCCACUCUGCAUGGAACAGCGUCAAGAAUUUUGUCAUUCGAGUUGCCAACGGAGUCUACGAAGUUCUUGUCCAGGUUGGGGAUGUCAUCUACCGUACCGUGCUGGAUACCAUGUCCGCGGUAUCGCACGCAGUAGAAUGGGUAUUCUCGAAGCUUAAGGUGGCUUUCGAUGACCUCAAGGCUUUCCUAGGAUUUGUAUUCAACUGGAGCGACAUUGUACGCACUCAUAAGGUCAUCAAGAACGUUGCAACACAAUACGCACUAUAUGGUGUCUCGAGGAUACAGGUCCUCCAAGACUUUGUCACCACCAACAUCGACUCGCUCGAAUCGUCACUCAACUCUUGGGCCGGUAUCCCUGACAUACAUGUCACUACAUCUCAGCUGAACACCCAAGGUUCGGGCACACCAGGCGUCAACGAUCCUCAGAACUACUAUGUGCAAGACAAGAUCAAGUCGAAUAUCGGCAAUGCAAAGACCGACGCUACCUCGGUCGACGUUAGUGGCAGUGACUGGGCCAGCGUGCUCAGUGAGUUGAAGGGGUUGGCCACGGAAGAGAAAGAUAUUGUUGCCAAAACUCUCGAUCAAAUCAAGAGCCAGAUCAUCGAGCCAUUUGGUAGCUUGACUCCUCUCGAAAUUGUCAAGAGGCUGGUGGCCAUCGUCGGUGACUUGGUCCUGGAGACGGCCAAGAACAUUGUCGUCAAGACAUUGGGCAUUGUGAAGAACCUCACAAAUGCAGUCAUUCAGGAACUAAACAAACCCAUUUCUAUUCCCAUCGUAUCGUCGCUCUACAAGUCCAUUGCAGGUGAUGAGCUCAGCAUCAUGGACGUGGUGUGUCUUGUUGCAGCAGUUCCCGCGACUCUUGUUUACAAAGCUAUCACCGGAAGCAACCCAUUCCCCGACAAUGCCACGACAAAGGCCGUCAUAGAUGCCUCUGAUUUCCCAUCCCUUCAGCAGAUCAUGCUAGGCGACAGCAGCGUCCACAAGACCCUGACCAUCAUGGCUGAGUUUGCAGCCAUGGCUGGCCUUGGAUUCAGUGUCAUAGCCAAUGCCAUCAAAAUACCAUGGAUGACAGAGGGAAAGCCGCACGAGGUUUCUGGUAUCAUCAAGCAAGUCAGCAUUCCGAUUAAGCUUCUUGUUCUCAUGCCUGCAGUCAUCCAGCCACGGUCGGAUCAUGACUCCUGGGAGAUUCAGAUGGAUGCUGUGGUCACUGAUCUUGCAUUCCUCAAGAUCUGUCUCGACGCGACCUCAGUUGGAGAGCAGGAGAUGUAUGGGACAGUUUCACCAUAUAUUGAUUAUGCCAUCAGCGCUCUGUGGAUCGUGCCGUCUAUUGCCAAGAUCGCUGCCAACCAUCAGAAAACGAGCUCGUACCUAUCACUCACCACACGCCUCGCCUAUGAUGUUGCUGUCAUGACUGGACCUAUUGUAUGGAACCCAGACCUGGAUCCUGAAACCAAAUUGAUUGUUCUGGCUGUUAGCAAUGGCCUUAUUGUGAUUACGGCCGGCAUCAGUGUUGCUAGGGGAGGACUUCUUCACGACGAUGACUAG